AUGGCGAUCUGGAUCGGCCGUGGCGUGGCCUUGCCGCUGCUGGUGCUGUGCGCUUUCGCCACGCGGGCGGCCGGCGAGGAGAAGGACGCGGAGAAGCUCCAGAUCGGCGUGAAGUACCGCCCAGAAGAUUGUACUAUCAAGGCUGCUGUUGGCGACUCCGUCCACGUACAUUACAAGGGAACUCUGACAGAUGGCACAGAGUUUGACAGCAGCUACUCCAGGGGUGAUCCUCUUGUCUUCACACUGGGGAAAGGGCAAGUCAUCAAAGGAUGGGAUCAGGGAAUACUUGGCAUGUGCCCUGGUGAGAAGCGCAAACUGAAAAUCCCAGCAAGUCUUGGAUAUGGUGAGGCAGGUGCUCCACCCAAGGUACCAGGAGGGGCGACGCUGAUAUUCCACACGGAGCUGGUCAUGAUCGGAAACAAAUGA